AUGGGAAUGAGGAAUGAGAAGGUUACAGAGUUCCAAAUUGGCAGUGCUGUUUCUCCUGACAACCUGAGGUGCUACAACUGUGAAACUCUCCUGGAUGACUUCCUUCUCACGUACACAGUCUUCAUGACGACCGAUGACUUGUGCCAGGCACUUCUGAGGCACUAUUGUGCUAAGAACCACCAAGGGAAAGAAGACGACUCUGAUGUGUCCUGUAGGAAACGAAAAGUCUUGCAUUUGGUGUCCCAGUGGACUUCUCUCUACAAAGACUGGUUACAUGAAGAUGAGCAUUUAAAACAAUUUUUAAAGACGAUAUACAGGAAUGUGUUAGAUGAUGUGUAUGAAUAUCCGAUUCUUGAGAAGGAUCUGAAAGAAUUUCAGAAGAUACUGGGGAUGCAUCGUCGUCACACUGUAGAUGAGUAUUCACCUCACCGAAAGAAUAAAACCUUUUUCCACCAGUUCAGUCUAAAGGAGAACUGGCUGCAGCAUAGAGGAACCAUGAAUGAAACAGAAGAAAUUUUCUGCCGUGUGUAUAUAACAGAGCACUCCUAUGUCAGUGUGAAAGCUCAAGUAUCCACUUCAGCUCAGGAGAUACUGAAGAUUGUAGCAGAAAAGAUCCAAUACCCAGAGGAGGAGCUGGUGCUGGUGACAGUCACGUUCUCUGGUGAAAAACAUGAACUACAACCAAAUGACUUGGCUAUCUCAAAAUCUUUGGAGUCAUCCAGUCGUAUGUUUGUCUACCGGAAAGAUCUGACUGAUUCUUUGCACCCAUUUGCUGAAAAUGAGGAGUUGCAGCAAAGGUCUGUGAGAAUUUUGGGAAUCAACACCUGGGAUCUUGCCUUAGAACUAACAAACUUUGACUGGAGCCUCUUCAAUGCAAUUCAUGAGCAAGAGCUGAUAUACUUCACAUUCAGCAGACAGGGCAGUGCUGAAAACACCGAGAAUCUCAGUCUUCUGCUUCAAAGAUGCAAUGAGGUCCAGCUUUGGGUUGCUACUGAGAUACUCCUCUGCAGCCAGCUCUUCAAACGUGUACAGCUAGUCAAAAAGUUCAUCAAGAUUGCUGCCCACUGUAAAGCCCAAAGAAAUCUGAAUUCAUUCUUUGCUAUUGUUAUGGGUCUCAACACUGCAUCUGUCAGCCGGCUGUCUCAGACCUGGGAGAAAAUUCCUGGGAAGUUCAAGAAACUUUUCACUGAACUUGAAAGUUUGACGGACCCUUCUCUGAAUCACAAAGCUUACAGAGAUGCAUUCAAGAAAAUGAAAUCUCCGAAAAUCCCCUUCAUGCCCUUACUUCUGAAAG